AUGACCACCUUGGCUGAACUCAUCCAGAAGCUGCGCAUUAUUUUUGCUGAAGAUGAAGUCAAUGUGGAUUACGUGAUGAAAGUCAUGGAGAGCUACAAAAGCAACCCGGCUGAGUGGAGAAAAUUCGCUAUUUUUGAUGAACACAAGUGAGUUGAACAAAACGUUUUUUAUUUUAUCUGAUUUUUCAAGUUUUUUAUGAACUUCCUCUCAAAUUCAAAUUGUCAAGUUUGAUUAAUUUUUUUUCAGAUAUACUCGUAAUCUGGUAGAUAUCGGAAAUGGAAAGUACAACCUGAUGAUUCUUUGCUGGGGCCCAGGUAUGGGCAGUAGGUAAGCCUAUUAUUGGGUAAAAUGACAUUUAGAGGCUUUUUUUAGUAUUCACGAUCAUCAAGAUGCUCACUGCUUCGUGAAAAUUCUGCAAGGAUCUCUUUUGGAGACAAAGUACGAUUGGCCGGAGACAGAAGGGGAACCACUUCACACAGUCGCGAAAAGCACGUACGACACUAACGGCGUCUCUUACAUGAGUGGUGAGUGUUGGAGAAGUUUGAUCAAUAGGUCAUUGAUAGAAAAAAUGAGAUUUCUUAGUCUAAAAAUUGAAUAAAUGUUUGAUAGGAGAGCUGCUACAGUAUGGAACAACUUUUUAGAAAAUCAAAAAAAAACUACGUCUGUCGUGUUUUAUAAGAUCACAACUGAAUAAAAAUUGAGCUCUUUUGAAAGUUAUUCAUGACGAAACAAAAUUCUCAACUUUAUAAGUCGUUUUGAACGGCCGUAAAAAUAUUGAAAAACUUUUUAACAAACUUUCGUAAAUCAUUUUAUCGAUGAACCAGUCUUUUCAAUUUUUCAUUUUUUUUGUCUAAUUUUUUUAAAAAUUUCACUAGAAAAAAAAACUAGCGAAAAACCACUUCCAAGAUUCAGUGACAGACACGGCAUCACAUUUCCUUGUUUGAACUAGAACCACUAAAACAAUUGAUAGUUGAUAACGUGAUCAGAACGAUGAGCGAAGAUUCGCGCCUCUACCGUAACCGCAACGCGGAAAACACGCGUUUUGUCGACGAAAUAGUUGUUUUGUGUAUUUCAACGACGUGCCUAGAGUCUUUCGUGGAAAUCGGCAGCAAAGAAACUGAUAAAAAGUCAUGCAGCUCGCAAACUUCAGAGAAAACAUAGAACUUCAGGUCAUUGUGAUAAGACUGAGCAAAAAAUGAUAAGGAAAGAUAAGGAGAUGGCAAAAAUGAAUAUUUUUCAGACGAGCUCGGCUUGCACCGUAUGGAAAACCCAAGUCAUUCUGACGGAGCCGUCAGUCUUCAUCUUUACAUCCCUCCUUACGAUACUUGCAACGCAUUCGAUGAGGUGAGAGAAAGAUUCGGAACAAAUCCUACUGAGUAAAAAACCAGAAAGAAAUAAAAAAAAUUCGAAAUUGAUCUCGAAAUAGGCAUGAAGCCAUUGUAGAAGUCUAAUAACUGAAAAAUUAUUCAGUUUGAUUGUUACUAUCAGGAUUGCUACAUCUAAAUGUCCGAAGAUUAACAAAAAAUUUUCAGAGAACUGGUCACAAAACCAAAUGCCAAGUGACUUUUUUCUCAAAAUAUGGACAGAAAGUCGACUACCGCGGCUCAAAAACUGGCAAAGUUGAAAUCCCAGAAAUCUUAGAAGUGCCCAAUCCCAUCGUGGAAACUUGUCAUUAG